AUGGAGAAGGAGAAAGGAGACGAAGAGGGGGAAGCUAGUACCGUGGAGUUCCAGAUUGCCCAGAUGGAGGCGAUUUUGGGGCCUGACUCGGAGCCAUUUGAAACCUUUAUUUCCGAUCAGAUGUCGAGCUCCGAGGAAAAUGAUUCGGAGGCUAAUAAUAAGUCAAUGUUGAACAUGAUAAAGCACAAGGAUCCUGAGUCUCUUGCUAUUAAGCUUUGUAACUUCCUCAACUCUUCACAAAACAUUGAUUCCCGUGAAAAGUGUGCUGUCCUCCUAAGUAAGUUGCUUGCUGCUGCUGCUGCUGACGAUGACUUGUGCAAUACUUGGCGCAAUCUAAGUGUUUCUACUCAAUCCACCAUCAAAUGCACUCUCCUUAAUCGUAUCUCCCAGCUUGAAGAAUCAAAAUCCGUCAUCUUAGAGCUCCGUGGCGCCGUUAUGGAUCUAGCUGCUUCACUUAUACCAGAUAAUAACUGGCCCGAAUUACUGCCAUUCUUGUACCAAUGCCUCACCUCCACUUCAAACAACAAGUUAAAAGAGUCGGCUUUCUUAAUUUUUGCUCAACUAGCUGACGACAUUGGUGAAACCAUAGUCCCUAAUUACGUAAAAAUAUUGCACCCUCUAUUCCUUAAGACACUGAAUGACGAUACCCUCAAUGAUCUCGAUGUGAGAAUCGCUGCCACGACCGCUGUGAUCAGCUUUCUUCAGUGCAUACCUAGUUCACAUGAAAAGGAGCAGUUUCAAGAUCUCUUGCCAGGUAUGAUGAAGACGUUGACUGACGGAUUGUGCAACAGUGAUCAGGAGGAUGCAGCAAAGGACGCGCUGGAUCUUUUCAUUGAGUUGGCUGAGAAUGAGCCUAAAUUCUUGAGGCUACAACUAGUGGUUGUUGUGGGCUCAAUAAUGGAGAUAGCAGAGGCUAAGAGUUUGGAAGAGGAGACGAGGCACUUGGCAAUUGAGUUUAUGUUAACUUUGGUUGAGGCCAGGGACAAGGUCCCUGGCAUGAUGAAGAAGGUGCCACGGUUUACAGACUCUUGUUUUGCUAUCUUAUUGAAUUUGUUACUGGAUAUUAAGGAUGAACCUAGUUGGCAUAGUGCGGAGACCGAGCAUGAGAAUGCAGGGGAAAGGGACAGCUAUGGUUUUGGUAAGAAGUGUUUAGGCCGGUUUUCUAAAGCAUUAGGUGGCAAGACUGUUGCUCCUAUUGCCAUAGAGCAGCUGUCUGCUUAUUUAGAUGCCCCUGAAUGGGAGAAACGCCACGCAGCUCUCAUUGCACUUGCUUAUAUUGCUGAAGGAAGCUCAAAGGUGAUGAUCAAGUAUUUGGAGCAAAUAGUGAAUAUGGUUUUGCAUUCUUUCCAAGAUCCUAAUCCUCGAGUCAGAUGGGCAGCUAUUAAUGCAAUCUACCAGCUGUCGACUGACUUCUGUCCAGAUUUGCAAGAACAGUAUCAUAACCAAUUAUUGCCUGCAUUAGCUGCAGCUAUGGAUGAUUCUCAAAAUCCACGAUUGCAGGCACUUGCAGCUGAAGCUGUCAUGAAUUUUUGCGAAUCUGAAAAGCCAGAAACUCUGAUACCCUACUUAGAUGGAAUACUCAACAGAGCGUUUGUACUUCUACAGAAAGACAAUCAAAUGGUUCACCAAGCAGCAUUAAAUGCAUUGGCUGCUACAGCUGAUUUGUCUAAGGAGCACUUCCAAAAGUACUACUCCCUCCGGGAGUAUGAUUCUGUAAUGCGAUAUUUGAAGACUAUCCUGGUAGAUGCAAAUGAUAAAUCUGAUCACAUGCUUCAAAGCCAAGCCUUGGAGUGCAUAAGCAUGGUCGGGAUGGCUGUAGGCAAAGAGAAAUUCAGAGAUGACUUUAAGCAGGUCUUCUCCCAACUAUCCCCAGUACUUCUUUGUGCCUGUGCAUGCGAUGCAGAACGCAAAGAGCUUUUGGGAAAAACAUACUUGUGUCCGGUGUUUAUGUAG